AUUGACUCAAAUAUCAGGACGGGCGACAAACACAAUGGAGCUGAGCACUGCACGGACUCACUGCUGAACGACUUAUCGGUGUGUUACACACCGUGCAUCUUUAUCCUGUCGUGGGAACAGAUUCAAACAGCGGAAAUUACAAAUAGUUUGGAUAGCCUUGUUUUUUUUUCUCUUUUCAACUGUUUCUGUCAGUGAAAGAUUGAAUUCGGACACUGAGCUGCAUCAAAUAAGAGGUCAUCAUGCCUCCCACUACUCCGUAUGCCGGAAAGUUCGGCUCUUGCGCUCCAUACAGCAACAACAACAACCAUCCUCAGCCUCACAGCCCUUAUCGCAGCGGCACCGCCCCAAAACCUGCGAAGGAAAACGUCUACAACGGUGCCUACUCUGUCGCAGAAAACCCCUACGACAUACCACAGCCUCACAGUUCCUACCGCAGCUCCUCUGUCUCCUCUGUAACGGCGAAGGAGCAUCAUUAUACUGGCAGCUGCGUGGUUUCGGAAAACCCGUACUCACCGCAGCCCUGCAGCCCUCGACAGCACAGCACUUCCUGUCCAGGUCGUGCGUACCGCCACACCACCUCCACCUCCACCUCCACCGCCACCACCACCACCAGCAGCAGCGGCAGCGAGCACUCCUGUCGCAACAACACUGCUGCAGCGAAAGCUCGACUUUAUGGACAUGGCAUCACAGCUAGCUAUGGGGAAAUGUGUUACCAUGACAACAGUUUGGUUUCAGCAUCUCUUGAGGCUUUGAUCCAGCACCUGGUUCCCACAGUGGACUAUUACCCUGAUAGGUCAUAUGUGUUCACCUUCCUGCUGAGUUCACGCCUCUUCCUCCACCCAUACGAACUCAUGACGAGGGUUUGUCACCUGUGUGUGGAGCAGCAGCGGUCAGGAGACGCCCUGCUGGAUAAGAUCCGUUUCCGUGAGGUGGCGCCUAAGCUGGUGCAGCUGCUGACCGAAUGGACAGAGACGUUUCCGUACGACUUCAGGGAUGAGAGGAUGAUGCGAUGCCUCAAGGACAUGACACACCACGUGGCCCGAGGUGAUGAGUACUCUUGGCGAGCCAUGCAGCAGAUGACCCAGCGGCUGAUCAAACGCCUGUCGGCCCUCGGCCAGUACGAGGAGGCCGUGGCUGCGCUCAACGCCGUGGCGGCGGAGCGGCCCGCUUCGCUGAAAAGCAAACAGGCUUCGGGUCAGAGAAGUGACGUACUGAGUGUGUGCGACGACCCCUUUGUACUCGCUCAGCAGCUCACACACAUUGAACUGGACAGACUGAGUUUUAUCGGUCCUGAGGAGUUCAUCCAGACAUUCGCCAUGAAGGAUCCUCUGGAGAACCAUAAGGGUUUCUUCCGGAAACGUAAAACCAGUAACUUGGAGGCCUAUGUCAACUGGUUCAACAGACUGAGUUACCUGGUGGCCACUGAGAUCUGUAUGCCAGUGAAGAAGAAACACAGAGCACGGAUCAUUGAGUUCUUCAUCGAUGUGGCACAGGAGUGUUUCAACAUUGGCAACUUCAACUCCCUCAUGGCCAUCAUCACUGGGAUGAACAUGAGUCCUGUUGCCAGACUGAAGAAAACCUGGAGUAAAGUCAACACUGACAAAUUUGAGAUCCUGGAGCACCAGAUGGACCCCUCCAGUAACUUCAGUAACUAUCGUACCGCGCUCCGUGGCGCUACCCAGCGGUCUGAGACUGCACACAGCAGCCAGGAGAAGAUUGUGAUUCCUUUCUUCAGUCUCCUCAUCAAGGACAUCUACUUCCUGAAUGAAGGCUGUGCCAGCAGACUGGCCAAUGGACACAUCAACUUCGAGAAACUGUGGGAGCUGGCAAAGCAAGUGAGCGAGUUCCUGGUUUGGCGUCAGGUGAUUUGUCCGUUCGACAGAGACCGACGGAUCCUCCAGUACCUCGUCACUACGCCGGUCUUCAGCGAAGACGAGCUCCAUCUGGCCUCAUAUGAGAGCGAAGGACCAGAGAACAACAUGGAGAAAGACAGUCGUAGGUCUCUCAGAUCUUCCCUUCUGCAUCGUGAGAAUCGGUCCUAAGACAAAGAUUCCUCCUCCUCUGCUCUACAGACUGUAAAAGAACAAGGAUUUUUAUAAAGCUACAGAUUCCUCUACAUUAUCUUAUUGACACCUUUUUACAUUCCCAUGGCCAAAUUUUAGGUCUUGGACAAACAUUGAUCCACAAGAUGCAGCUGGCUCCACAUUCUUACAGAUAAUGGGAGGAUUGUUGUCUGGGCUUUGAGAUCAUAAGGAGCAUAAAUGAUUCAUAAAUCAAAUACUGUAACAGUCCGUGAUGAAAUUCAGUGUCCAAAGGACCCCAUUGCUCCAGUUACUAUUAUAACCCCAUCUUGUGAGUCUUCAUGGCCUGGAAUCAUUUUUGAAUCUAAUGAUUCCCAAGAAGAGCUCAGUUAAUGAUUUGGAUUACCAACUGUGCUUCUUCUUCAUCAUCAACUCUGUCUAAGGCACUUAUAAGGAUAUCAGAUCACUCCAGAGGCCGUCAGAGGUGUAUGGAAUAUGUUUAUAUCUUCAGUGCACCUCCACCAUGGCAACAACAGCCUCAUACUGCAGCGGCAUGAAGCGAUGGACUUUCCUUUUGAACCUCAUUGGCUACAUUGCAGCAUUAGCAUUGCAUGUCUGUGGCGGUGGCUGGCUGAACUCGGUCAACAACUACAGCGAGAGGAGAAAUCCACUCUGGAACAUCGAUCUGUAUUAUAAAUAAUGGGCUAACAACUGCUUCUAGGAGUGUUGUUGCUGCUUGUUGUCUUGUUGAGUGCUUGAUUUAAUGCCAACACAUUGAGCAGCGCCACCUGCACCACAUCUUGUUCAUUUACUCCCACUUUGCACACAUCACCAGUUUCUGGCUGUUUCACAGUAAUUCAAGCCUGACAUCUAAUUGAAACAUAUGGUGGAAGUCAGUGCACCCGCCACAUACUGUAUUUCCAGACACUAUUUUCAUCAAUCACAUGCUAUUUGGUUCUAAACAUAUUGUGAGGUGUGCACUUUGACUGCGUAUUGGUGAUGCAAAGUUGUGCGAGUGACGGCAACAUCAUGCUAAUCAUGCAAGUUAAAUCAAAUGCACUUCAGUGGGGUCUUGUGUAUUGUAUUAUAGGAUUUGGUGACUCCUAUUUUAAGGCGUCUUUCUGUUCAGUAUUAAGUUGUAUUUUGCAUCAGAUGGUUAAGAUGUUUUUUUUCCUUCAUGUAUUUUCUCUGAAGUUUCACCAUGAGCUUGUUGCUGGUUGGCUGGCUCUGUGUUUGUAAGCUAUUUUGUUAAUGCACCAGAUCAUGUAUGACAAAGAAGUAUUUUGGGUCUGAAUAAGGCACAAACUGAUGUGUAUAUGUGCUGCUUUAAUACAAAGGGGAAGCUCAUCCUCCUCUUCAUCUCGUCUGUGAUGAUGUGUGAGCAUGACGUGGUCCUUUAAAAUCUGCCUAUGGGUGAAAGUGAUGCUACAGUACAUUUUUAUGUUUUAAAAAAAAGCUCAUUAAAGGUUUCAUAUGUUUUAUAAAGUGUUUACCACA